CCAAAACACGAGGAUCGACGUCAUUUGCAGUGACAUGAGUACGGUGAUGAUGGUGUCCAAACUUUGGACUUGUAUGAGACCUCAAGUCAAUAUAUAAAGGUUGGUGGCGCACCAUUUUAUAUCUCAUGUCCAUCUACACCAACAUCAGUCACUCGAUCCUGCAGUCAGUCUUAGUCAAUACACAACCGACCAAACAAUCAUCAUACCAUAAAUCAAUACACCUCUCCAAGAUGUACUCCAAGGCUCUCGCUCUCGCUCUCGCUUUGACCUCCGUGGUCACCGCAAGCCCUCUCGACAAACGCCAGAGCGACAAUCCCUGCCAGGUCGCAUACCGCGCUUGCAUCGCUUCCGGUGUUCCCAUUGAUGCCUGUCGGUGCGACUCGACAUUCUGUCUCGGUGAAGACAACGACCGUAUCCGCUCGUUCUGCGCCACUGCUACCGCGACCAUCGUUCGCACCAGCACGCAGUCUACUCCCGCGCCGACGUCGACAGAGUCUUGCACGCCCUACUCGUCGGCUACUCCCACACCCACCUCAUUCUCUUCGAUUUCUGGCAUUCCCGGAGGAUGCAACCCAGCACACCCUGGCUCAUGCCCUACUCCCACCGCUCAGCCAUCAGUCUCUGUCCCGGCUCCCACAGGCACCCCAGGUUCCAGCCCCACGAAGACUGAUAUGACAUGGGCCCUCAACAGCCUAACUCGCUACUGCGGUGAAGGCAACACUGGCUGCGACUACAACUUCGAGAUCGAGGCCAACGGCAAGACUGAACGCUGCACCGUUAUCCGCAUGCCCGGCAAGGACGCCGCUACCGAGUCCUGGUCAAACCAGGCAUGUUCCGACUACACUGUCUCUUGGGGAUACGUUGCUCAGCCUGCUCCUGCUUUCGCUGUCGUCACUGUUGUAAACGGAAAGGAGCUGGCCUGGUUCGGUGUCUCUGACAUCAACGGCCAAGCGGUCACUGCUUCCAACCCUUUCGGCUCUGGCCAGUACCCCAACACUACUUCUCCUGUCUACACUUACUAGGUGUAAGCUUAGUGACGAGUAGUAAGGACGAUGACGGAACAACGACUAAGCUUACGAACCCACCUGUAAAUAUGUACAUACUAGUAUACGAGCGUAGAAUAGACCUUAAUGACCAAUAACACAUUUCACAUCAGC